AUGCGUCGCUCCCAAGUGGUUCAUCGCCGAGUGCGGAUGGUGUCUCUCAUGUGGCUGGCAUGUCUGUGCCGCUUCUCAGCAGGCUACCUUGAACGUUGGAAUCCCGUCGGAGAUGGCCCCCUCAUUCUCCUUCUCUCACCCUCCCCUCCAGCUCUAGAAGCCAAGAGACCACGAAUGUCUGUGCGUGUACACAGACAGGGUCGUGCUGAGCAAGGAACUGUGAGAUCUCGAACGCCUCCGGUCGGCGGGGUCGCAUUUGGCAUGGAUGUGCCGACUAGGGGCAUACCUGGCUCGCUAUAG